AUGUUUGCCUCAUUUACUGAAAUUGGACCUGAGAAUCUCAUAACUAUGGACUACGUCAACGGUGGAAUCUCAUAUCUUGUGGUCUGCUUUGGUGGAAUCGGAGUUGGUCUUCUUGUUGCACUAUUUGCAAGUUUUAUCACAAAUAUAGUAUUUUGUGGAGCUGCUAUGAAGCAAUAUGUAAAAGUAAACGUGCCGGAGCAGAACUUACUAGCAAUCAAUUAUUUUAUAAAGGUCUUGUCUAUGUGCUCCGAAACCGUGAUCUUCGUUUUUCUUGGGCUUUCAACGGUCUCAUCUGAUCACCAUUGGGAUACACCAUUCAUCGUUCUCACUACCGUAUUCUGUCUCAUCUACCGUACUCUAGGAGUAGUUGUAAUGUGCUUUGUACUGAAUAAGUACCGUCUGAAUAAGUUCUCAAAGGUUUGUGAAGACCUUUUUCCCGCGUAAAA